GCAGCUAGCUGGUGAUAUCUGCGACAGGACUCACACAGGAGUUGUGGAUCUUUUUGCAACUAACCAGGACGAGUCUCGCUCUCUACACUGCAGAUUACACUCAAACGUGGCAGCGAGGUGUUUUGUUUUAAUGUUCAAAGACUUGCAUACCGGUAGCCCCCACUGAGCUCAUCGCCCCUGCGCUGCAAGCAGUAUUGCUGGAAGAUUUGAUCCGUCCUUGCAGGCGAUUUUUUUACGCUCAAUUUAUUACCUCAAUCAUGAGCAUGGAAUCAGAUCGCUCGGAAGUUUUGGCGGCGCCGACGAAACGACCAGCAACUGAAGAGCCUGAAAAUGAAGCAGCUUCUCCCGAUGGAUCAGCAGCCAAAAAGCUGAAGCCGGCAUCUACUUUUUCAGAGUUAGCAUCACAGGCUGCGUCCAAGGACAGCAGCGGCAAUGUGGGGGCCGCACCGUUUGACUCCAAUCGUCCAAGCAUCCCAUUGGAUAUUGCAGCGAAGAAGAAGUCCACCGAGUCCACUGAUUCAGACAAUGCGGCCGACUCUCCAGCUCCGUUACAGCUGAAUGCACCGAAGUUUUCCAACUCGCCUAUGGAAGUUCCGAAAUCACCACUUGUUGGUGGUGGCAGCUUUUCCCUAGCGCCUCCAACACUGGCUGCUCCUGGCAAGAAAUCAGAUACUGCUACGUCUGCUCCUGUUGCUGCUACUGCCGCUGUCGCUACCGGUGAGGUGGUGAAUCCACUUGCAGCUACAGGCGCUGCCACUGUUUUUGGUGCUUUCCACAACUCAUCACCUGGAUCGCAUCUGAUCAAGGACUUUGGUUUUGGUCCGCGCCCCGUUCUGGACAAGGCACCCAAGCCAUCGGUCCCCAGUGACAACCCGUUCUUGCAGUGCCUUCAAAAGAGCAAGUCUGUUUCAUCAGAAUCAACAACGGUUGACUCCAGUGAUGAGAAAACACCUGCAAAGCCAACACCGUUCGUGUUUGGUCAGAACUUGACCGAUCGCGUCAAGGUAUUUGCAGCGACAUCAUCAGCCGGAACGAAUGGCUCGGCGAGCACUGCAGCAAGCAGCGACUCUACCAACAGUAGUGCAGAUACGAGUGCAGCUGCCAGCUCGACAACGUCAGCAUCCAGUGCUGGGGGCUCUGCGGCAGCGCGUGACUUACCACUUGUGGAUGUGGUCACCGGAGAAGAGGGUGAAAAGAACAUCAUGCAGAUUUCUUGCCGUUUGUACAACUUCAAUCGAGACACCCGGCAGUGGGUGGAGAAAGGUCGUGCCAUCGUCCGUGUCAACGACAAAGACUCGCCCAGUGGUCCACCAUCGUCAAGACUCGUAAUCCGCUCCACAGGCAGCCUCCGCGUGAUGGUAAACUGUUUACUGUGGGCUGGCCAGAGCUGUGAGAAAGUCAAUAUACGGUCGGCUCGGCUCACGGUCAUGAACGACACAGAGCUUGAGAUUGUGCUUGUCAAGGCCUCGCCUGUUGAUAUUGCAGACCUGGUGGCGCGCAUCAACGCACGCAUCAACGCUCUGAAGAACGAGAAGGAGAUCAGUGCAGCAGCACCGCCGUCGUUCACAGCCAGCAAACCAGCCCCGGCGGCCGAGAGUGACGAAAAGGCAAACGAAGCGAGUGAGUCAGCUGCAGUGUCACCGCCAGCAUCACCCACCGGCAAUGGCAAAACGCCUGUGCAGGCCACGGAGACCCCCGAGCAUGAAGACAACGGUGACAAUGCAUGAUGUGAGUUGUCCUCCAAUACCCUGCACACUUCAGUCGGAUGAGGUGCCGGCUCUUAACGGGUAGUGGCAUGGCAUUACUGUGCCUCGUUGACAGAUUACAUGUUACACUGGGACGGUUGACCAAUGACUUGUCGCCUCGGUUACCCGGCUUACCUACAGUACACUGUUGGUGUGAUCUCUGCAAUGCAGUGCAAUGCAGUGCAAUGCAAUGCGGUGAUCUCUGCAAUGCAGUGCAAUGCAGUGCCGUGCAGUGCCGAUCGCAACUUGCCAGUUCUGUCUAUCAUGACACUGUGCACGGUUCUCGAACUUUCUACACGGUUCCUACAAGUAUUGAUAGGUAGAGCUCAUUGCAGAUGCACCCUGCCGAGUAUGCGUUCGCACAUAUCUUGGCUCAUUGUAUGUCCUCAUACGACUUGAGUUGGCAAGUGCGUGCUGGUGCGUGUACCUAACCGCCAAGCGGAACACCUUUUGUUGACACUCUUCGGCUGGAUUCUAUUCUAGCUGCUACAGAUUUGAUGGUGCUAGCAUGCACACUGACACACGCGCGUACACACACGCGCACACACACACACACACACACACACACACAUGUGUACACUUUCCCUGACGUUCGAUCAAUCGUGUUGUCAAAAAUGAAGUCUCCCUUUCAGGCAUGCAUUCUAUUUUUCGUGCCACCUUCCCAGCCACAGUUGCUAUCUCUACAAAUGCAGCCGCUGUGGUGUUUCUUCUCUCUAUUUCUCUCUUUCUCUUCUUCUGGUUAUUUUUAUUUCAGUUUUUAAGAUGUGUUUGCUUCUGGGUUUUUUUCUGCUAGUGGGCUAGCACUUGCUUUUCGAAGUCUAGUUGUGGCUGAUGCAACGCAUCACACGGUG